AUGGACCCGCAGACGGGGCUGUCCAGGGCGCUCUUGCUCCUUCUGUUCUUGCACCUCAUGCUGCUAGGAGGUCGUUCGCACCCGCUGGGUGGCCCUAGCCCAGGCCCUGACUUGGAACUGUCCAGAGUCCAGGAGCUGCGGGACCAUCUUCCGGGCACAGUUGGGGAGCGGCAGGAGGAGCAGACCGCCCCAGAGCCCCUCCAGCAAGGACGCAGUUCUAAAGCAGCCGGAGCGGCCAGGCAGGCAGCUUCUGCUGCCGGUCUUGGGCUCCAUGACCAUGUCCUCCAGAGCCUCAAGAGGAUGCGUGACUCGGGCUGCUUCGGGGGCAGGAUGGACCGGAUCGGCUCCUCCACUGGCCUGGGCUGCAAUGGUGAGCUCCCUCCCAGCACCCUGGGCACCCCCACCCCCAUUCCCGUGGGUUCCACCAGUGCAGUCACGCGUGGGGUGACACCCAACCAGCUGAGCCGCACCCGCCAGGGUGUGCUGUUUGACAUUGAACCCCCAUAA